CCCAGACACCAACGGCAGCAGCACGCAGAGGGACCCAGCCUCAGUGGGUCUCGCCCUUCUCUUCGGCGCUACCACUGACCUGCAGGCCAAGCACCGCAGCCGGUCUCGAGCUCUUGGUAGACGAAGCUCCAAGUAGUCUUCUCUAAUGAGGAUGUCUGAUACUGUCACUGUAAAGGAGACUAGCGCCACUAUGAGAGGUGUGGAGACGGAGGAGAGCCACCAUGCCAGUGCCACACCGACACCAGCGGGGGGAGAAGAACCAAGCCCGACCAAGACAAACGGCAGGGAGCAGGCAGAGACCCCGCCACAGGCCAAAGCUCAAACCCAGCUCCAACCCAAGAUUCAACCAGAGAGCUGCUGCCAAGACGAGAACGAAACUCAGCGGCAAACACCGGGACAGGUGGGAAAAAGGCCCAAGUCUAACUCAAAGUUAAAGUUAGUUCGGAGCCUGGCUGUUUGCGAAGAGUCCUCUCCUCCUCCCCCUAUUACCACUGAUCUGCCUCGAGAACACAAGGAUGAAGUUGAGAUCCAGGUAUCCCAGUCAUUUGACAAAGAGGAGGUGCCACCCAUCAAGGAUGAGGAGGACAAAGGUGUGGAGAAGCUGCUAGAGAAGACUGAGAGGAUGCCCAGGAAGAUGCUGUCCAGAGAUUCCAGUCAGGAGUACACAGAUUCUACCGGGAUCGAUAUCCAUGAAUUCUUAGUAAACACAUUGAAAAACAACCCCAGGGACAGAAUGAUGCUGCUGAAGUUGGAACAGGACAUUCUCGACUUUAUCAGUAAUAACGAAAGCCAGAAGAGAAAGUUCCCUCCAAUGACCUCCUACCACAGAAUGCUGCUGCACCGCGUCGCCGCCUACUUCGGCCUAGACCACAACGUCGACCAAACCGGGAAAUCUGUAAUCAUCAACAAAACUAGCAAUACAAGAAUACCUGAUCAAAAGUUUUCAGAACACAUCAAAGACGACAAAACUGACGACUUCCAAAAGCGCUACAUUCUCAAAAGGGACAACUCCGGCUCAGACAAAGAUGACAACAUGAUGCGGAUGCGGCUGAAGGACGACCGGAGGAGUAAGUCUAUAGAGGAACGAGAGGAGGAGUACCAGAGGGCCAGAGACAGGAUAUUUGCUCAAGAUGGUCCAGAUGGCUUGGCUCUUGAAAAAAGGAAACAGGAGGAUGAUGCUUGUAACAGUACACAGCAAAGGCGGCAAAUGUUUAGGUUAAAAGAUGGCCGCCCGGCCAACAGUCGCCAGAGCAGCUCUGAGAACGAACCCAAGUACUCUGACCCUCGGCCGUGGAGCAGCACAGACUCUGACAGCUCCAACCGUAACCUGAGGCCAGCCAUGACUAAGGCCAGCAGCUUCAGCGGGAUCUCUGUCCUCAUCAGGGGAGACAGCUCGAGCAGCAGCAAGAGCAUGGGUCGCCUCUCUAAGACUGGUUCACUAGAGUCCUCUAGUAGUGUAGGGUCCUCCACGGGUUCGCUCUCUCGCUCCCAGCUGCCCCUCACCGUCCCAGCUCUAACCCAGGCUGGCCAGCCUCACAACCACGCCAUGCCCCUCUGCCCAGUGGCUUACCCAGCCACCUGCACUAGUAGUACUGUGACUUAUGAGGCGGGAGGCAGGAGCGGCCCGGUGCCGCUACCACCAGCAAAUGCAGCUAACACUAGCUACUAUUUGCUUCCCCUGGAAGCCACAGGGAUACCGCCAGGGAGUAUCCUGGUCAACCCACACACAGGCCAGCCCUUUGUGAACCCGGAUGGCAGUGCUGUGGUAUACAACCCCAACCACAGCAUGGCUCCUCAGCAUCAACAUCAUCAGCAUCAUAAUCAGCAGGGCAGGACCCAGCAGCCCAUGCUUCCUCCUCCACACCCUCCUGGCCGCCACCAACACCAGCCCACCAAUCACAACCACGUACUCUCACAGUCUGUUCUAUCCCUUCCUCAGCCGGUCCGGCCCCUCCAGCCUUCUGCUCAGCCUGUCCAGUACUCAUCUGUCUCUUACCCACCUCAGCUGCUCUCCACCUCCCCUAACCAACAAUACACUGUGCAAAACAACCUGGGAGCUCAGUUCAGCCACAUGAGCUUGGCCCGGCAGGUCUCUGGAGAGGGCCCAGGUCGGGACACCCACAUUGCCAUGUACCCCUCCUCCGUCGUGCUCCAGACCCCCCCUCAGCAGCAGGGCUACAUGGUGGCCCCUCCAGUCCAGCCCGUCCCGGCACCCCAGGCCUACAACACCCCCGCCCCUCCGCCUGUCAACCAGCCGGUCAUGCAGCAACAGGGCUACAUGCAGCAGCAGAUGCCAGCAUGUUACUGUGCGCCAGGCCAGUACCCCCUGUCCAACCAGCAGUACAGGCCUGUGGGCACAGUGCAUUUCAGCGCCCCACAGAGUCAGCCAAUGCCCCCGCCCACACAACAGACAGGUUACCAAACUGUGAUGCCAAAUCAGCCACAGAGCUAUCAGAGUAUGAUUGGAGUGCCACAGAGUCAGAACACUGUCAGUGGCCUGCAUAGCAAUAUGGGAAAUCAGAUGCAAGGCAUGAUGGUCCAGUAUCCCUCCAUGCCAUCUUAUCAGGUAUCCAUGCAGCCCCAAGGCUCCCAGGGUGUGCCACAGCAGACAUAUCAGCAGCCUAUCAUCAUCCCCAACCACAACCAGUCCAACCAGGGGCCCAUGCCUGGCUCUGGUGUCCAGGUCUACUACAGUGUUAUCACACCCAAUCAACAGAACACCAUGAGCUCCUCUAUUGGGUUCUUGCCUCCUCCUGGAUCAGAGCAGAUGCAGUUCCCUCGGCCGUCCUCCCCCUGCAGCUCCCAGCAGCCCCUCCAUCAGGCACAGCAGUGCUCAGGCGUUCCCCCUCCCCCAGGCGGUGGGAUGGUGAUGAUGCAGCUGACGUUGCCCCCCGGCCAGCAACCACGGCCUCACUCGCCCCCGCAGUGGAAACACAGCAAGUACUACAGUCUGGACCACACGAGAGGACAGAAGUCCACAGAGCUCUCCACCCUAGACACCUCACAGAGCAUUCCCCAGCUGGGCAGUCCCUCAACUUCCCCCGCCCAGUCGCCAACACCCUCCCACCCACACCACCUAACCAAUGUGAAGAGCAUCCGUCCAGGCCUCGCCCCCGUACCCAUGAUGCCCCAGUUCUCCAGACCCUUUAUGCCAGGGCAAGGAGAUGCGCGGUACCCGUUACUAGGGCAGCCCCUCCAGUACAACCCCCAGAUCCGUCCUCCUCUCCACGCUCCACCCAUGGUCCCCAACCAUCAGGUACACAUGGGGAUGCGGCACAGCGGUGGAGGGGGCAGAGGGAGGAAGCAGACAAGGAAAGCUCUGUCUACAGAUCUCAGUGUAGGUGAUCCAGUGAGUGGGCAAGUCCUGGAGGUGACUGACCUGCCGGGAGAGAUCAGCCGGACCGAGGCGGACUCUCUGCUAGGUGAGCUCUCCAGAGCCCGGGCUGUAGUCGGAUGGCUCAGAGCACCACAGCCUCCGAGAUUGGCAGUCGGGGGGCUAACGGUGUCCCCCACCCAAACCCACGGUCAAGCCCCUGCUGACCCAGCCUUCGUCUACACCAUCCUGGCCAUGUUCCCUUCCGGAUACACUGCGCAGGACUCCCUCCUCCACCACAAUGGCCCCCAAGCCUCCUUCAGACUCACUGUGAGCAGGGGCCACAGACACCCCCUGGAGAGGGCCAGCUCCCAGUAGAGGGCGCUAAGGACCCCUGGCUUGACCUUUCACCCCUCAUCAGCACCGCCAGUCACUUCCUGUUGCCAUCACUCCCCCCAGCCCCACUCCUCACUAAGUUGGCUUGUUGUUAAGGGUUGUUUUUCCACUAGAGACUUGCUUAGGGGGAUUGUGUUGUACUUUGUAAUGUUCUUACUAACAAUUUGAUGAAAAGGAACAAAAGAGCGAAACGUAACACUGAUCCGACGUGAACGAACAUUUAAAAACCACGAUUAUUGAAGUUCCAAAUAUUAUAAACCCGUCUGCUCUCUGUUUUGAGAACCGGCCGGAACAUAUCAAAAGGGCAGUCUGUAUUUUUGUUUUAUAUUUUAAUUUGUUUUAUAGUUGUUGAAAUCUUGAGUCAGACCCAAAGCUCAUUAUUAUUCCCCAGCCCAGUUGCAGUGUCUGUCCUGGUUCCGUUUAACUCAACCAAAGUCUCCCCACACCCCAGGGUAGCUGAUUAUUGGCCACCCUGCCACCAGCCACUUGCCCCAUAUUGUGGCCAGUACAUCAUGGAGUCGCCCUUAGCUACACAAUGGGUCUCUUGUGCCUUUCUCUUGAGAGUCUACUGAUUUAUUCUCCAAGAAACACAAAAUGACACCCCAGUCAGUCUAUUGUUAAAUAAAAAGACCUGCACCUUGUAAAUAAUUUAUAUAGGAUUGGUAAUUAAAUAUCUCAAUCACUUGUCAUUUCACAGUGAAUGGUCUGUAUGUGUUGGUCACAGGCGGGCACAGAUGAGUGCAGCCAAGAAAGGCUUUUGUUUGACACGCCUAGUUUUUAACUUAAUUUAAAAGUCAAGAUAAAAAUGACACUCCUCCACUGCAACUGCAUAUUUUUAGCAAUCCUCUGCUUGGAGGGCCUCUCUCCACCACACUGUUCUCCCUCUUUCUCCUCUCCUCCUACAAGGCCAAUGGUUUAAAAUCUUUCAUUAGGUCUUUUUACAUUAUAUACCUACUGGGUCACUGGGGAAAAAAGACAGUUUGCACAUUUAUACAACUGAAUACACAGUACCCGUCAAAAGUUUGGACACCUACUCAUUCAAGGGUUUUACCUUCAUUUAUUUUUAUAAAUAUUUUCUACAUUGUAGAAUAAUAUUGAAGACAUCAAAACUAUUAAAUAAUACAUGGAAUCAUGUAGUAACCAAAAAGUGUUAAACAAAUCUAAAUAUAUUUUAGUUUCUUCAAAGUAGCCAACCUUUGCCUUGAUGACAGCUUUGCAUUCUCUCAACGAGUUUCACCUUGAUUGCUUUUCCAACAGUUUGAGUUUCCACACAUGCUGAGCACUUAUUGCUUUUCCUUCACUCUAUGGUCCAACUCAUCCCAAAUCAUCUCAAUUGGGUGAGGUCGGGUGAUUGUGGAGGCCAGGUCAUCUGAUGCAGCAAUCCAUCACUCUCCUUGGUAAUUAGCCCUUACACAGCUGGGAGGUGUGUUGGGUCAUUGUCCUGUUGAUAAACAAAUGAUAGUUCCAUUAAGCACAAAACCAGAUGGGAUGGCGUAUUGCUGCAGAAUGCUGUGGUAGCCAUGCUGGUUAAGUGUGCCUUGAAUUCUAAAUAAAUCACCAACGGUGUCACCAGCAAAGCACCCCCACACCAUCACACCACCUCCGUGCAUCACGGUGGUAACCACACAUGCAGAGAUCAUUCGUUCACCUACUUUGUGUUUCACAAAGACACGGCGUUUGGAACCAAAAAUCUCAACUUUUGACUCAAGACCAAAGGACAGCUUUCCAUCAGUCUAAUGUCCAUUGCUUGUGUUUCUUGGCCCAAGCGAGUCUCUUCUUAUUGGUGUCCUUUAGUAGUGGUUUCUUUGCAGCAAUUCAACCAUGAAGGUCUGAUUCAUACAGUCUCCUCUGAACAGUUGAUGUUGAGAUGUCUGUUACUUGAACUCUGACGCAUUUAUUUGGGCUGCAAUUUCUGAGGCUGGUAACUCAAGUGAACGUAUCUCCUGCAGUAGAGGUAACUGUGGGACUUCCUUUCCUGUGGCGGUCCUCAUGAGAGCCAGUUUCAUCAUAGCGCUUGAUGAUUUUUGCGACUGCACUUGAAGGAAAUGUUCUGUAUUGACUGACUUUCAUGUCUUAAAGUAAUGGAGUGUCGUUUCUCUUUGCUUAUCAUGACAUAAUAUGGACUUGGUCUUUUACCAAAGAGGUUUAUCUUCUGUAUACUACCUCUGACCUGUCACAACACAACUGAUUGGCUCAGAAGCAUUACGAGGGAAAGAAAUUCCACAAAUUAAGGCACGCCUGUUAAUUGAAAUGCAUUCCAGGUACCUAACUCAUGAAGCUGGUUGAGAGAAUGCCAAGAGUGUGCAACGCUGUCAAGGCAAAGUGUGGCUACUUUGAAUAAUCUCAUAAAAUCUAUUUUGAUUUGUUUAAAUGCUUUUUUUGGUUACAUUAUUUCAUAGUUUGUAUUCACUAUUAUUCUACUAUGUAGAAAAUAACAAAAAUAAAGAAAAACAUUGGAAUGAGUGUGUCCAAACUUUUGACUGGUUCCAUACCUUUUGACUGGUACUAUAUAUAUAUAUCCUUUUUAUUUCUCUCGAAAGAUAAAAAUGUGUGGAUUCUGAAAGGCUGUUCAGUGCUGGUGCAAGUCAUUUUUAUUUCAGUUUGAAACCAAUAAAUGUUUACACCAAAAUAUGUGCUUUUUCAGAUCACAAGAAGUCCUUUGAAAUGGAUGAGGGUCCUCUGGGUUUCUCUUUCUCUGUCCAUCAUCACCGAACUGCUUUGGAUGGCUUCUUUCAUGAUGUUUAAACUUAUGAUAAAAUUAUUAUUUUUCAUCAACACUAAGUAUAGUCCUACCUCAGAUGUCAGUGUAAGCAGAUAGUGGUUUAUUUUGCUAUUGGUGGGGAUGUGGUUUUAUACUUGGCAUUAUCUAAUUUGGUCUUUGGUUGGUGCUAUUCAUCUCAAUCCAGGUUUUAUAGGGUAAUUUGUCUGCUACAUUAACCUCCCACCAACCUCAUCUCACCCAAUGCCACACAGUUCCUUCCUCCACUGUCAUAUUUUUCCUUUCCAAUAACAAUAAAGCAAUUUACCGCAAGAAAAAUCUAACCACCUGCCCCAUGUCUCAUCUAGAGCCUGGGGAAGCUAGUGUUGCCAGAAACCGUUUUAAAUGGAUGGCUUAAUAUCUGUGUUAUCUGUUAUGUGAAGGAGCCUGUUAGGUGUCCGGUCAUGGCAUUAAGGAUCUCCAUACUGACAGUGAGAUUAUUAACAGAUAAUUAAGCCAACAUCUGGAGGACCUAGCUCAGUGUUGCAGCCAAGGCUGGUGAAAUGGAGCCUUAUUGAGGAAAUUCUCUCAGCAAUAAAUUACCCUCUUUUUGUUUUUCUGCCGAAGGGUUGACGUCGAGCACAGGGAUUGAUAUCAAGCAUAUUAAUGCAUUGUGAAGUUAUUUCAAGCGGCAAAUAUACUAUUAAUAAAUGUUGCUCUAUAAUGUAUACAUGCACUGAAGACCAUGGAGAAUUGAUGGUAAGUCCGUACAAAACCAAUUGAACAAAGCUGCACUCACUAUCACAUCCAGUAUAGUCCCAGACAUGCAUAAAUCAUUCUUACUGAGAAUGGUCCUUUUCUCUGAUGUGUAGUGAAGCACCCAGGGCAUACUGUAUGCACUAGCCUAUGAAACAGCCCUUCCCACUGUUAGAAGGGUGACAACCUGCUGCCAUUACCCUCUCCACUGCUGUAUGACUUGGUCAGCUCAGACACAGUAGGAGUAAAGCUAACAUUAGGGCAGGUUGGAAAGGGCUCCAUAGACAGUAGAUAAGGUUACAGACGGCUUUAAUAGCUGUGCCAAUUCGGUUGUAUUCCUCCUAUUAAAAUGGGGUGGUGGAGGUUUUCACGCCUUUAUUAAACUAUAAACACAGAGGGCUUGUUUCCUUGACAGAUGAGUCCUAGUCCUGGGCUAAAAAGCACUUUAAAUGGAGAAUUGCCAUUGAACAAGCUUUUUAAGUCCAGGACUAGGCUUUUGGGACAGGAAACUGGCCCUAAGGCCCUGACAGUACAGGUGGUUGUUUUGAUUGUUUUAAAACUGAUGGUUCAGCAAUAAGAUAGGGAAAGCAUUGUGACUAUAGGAAUAGGUGCUUGGAUAGAGGGGUAUGCUGAAUCUAGGUUGAUGUGGGUCAAUAUCUGGUGUUUGUUCAGGAUUCACUUGUUUGGGUAUCUGGCAUCUGGGGACCACAACCACCCUAAGGAAGAACAAGGUUAGAUUGAAUUCUCAUCUGUCGUUUUGAAAGUCAUAAAGACAUGGUGACUAUCAAAUAAGAUUUUCUUUAUCAACCUGAUAAAGAAUGCAUGUCUCUGAAAUGCUAAUCUUAUUGAUAGAGAAAGCAAACUAGUGGUGAAAAUGUAUAGUCUCGGACUGCAAUCGAAGCUAGUGAAUUGUUAUCAGUAUCUCCGCAUUGACAUGAGUGGGGGACGCUAGGUGGGGGCGGGAGGUCCUGCAUAAACACAAACUCACUUUAUUGACAACAGCGCUGCUCUGCUCCACGAAUUGCAAGAAGUAUGAAUGCGUUGACUUCUGCAGAGACUGUAUCACAGUAACCAUAGAGAGCCUUCUAGAGUGUGGGGUAAUGAUCAAUAGGAAAAGUACUGGGAUGCUAAGACAGACAUUUUGUGCCUUGUGAUUUUUUUUCCAUAAAGAGUAAGAAUACAAAUAGUAUGGGUUAAAAUAUGUGCACUAUCUUAAUAUGGCAUUACAAAGUAAUGUAGUGGAGGCUGAUAUAUUAGCACAGUAAUAAAAUGCAAUGUUCUAUUGUG